CGGGCGGCCGCAGCGCCAUUCGCCACCAUGCCGCGUGCUGCGAGCGCCGUCGCCCUGUGCCUAGCCGCGAUCAUCGCCGGUGCAACAUCAUCCCAAAGCCAGCGCGUGGACAUCCUGCGCCUAUUGGUGGAGAGGCCGUGGCUGCUCCGCCCCCGCGCCCCUCUGGAGCUGGCCUCCCCCUGCGGGCUCCACGACCUGACCGCCCCCCGCGCCCCGCUGGACCUGCCCUCACCCCGCGGCUUCCCGGACCAAGGGAAUGACCUGUCAAUAGAAGAUGACUUGCAGAAUUUGGAUGAGGCUGUCAGAGAGCCGUCUCCGAAGCGGUCCGCGGUGGCCACAGCGCUGAACGCGGGGCGGCGGCGGCGCCAGCCCUCGCCCGCGCUCGGUAAGGCUGUCUCACCGUAUGUCGGCGUUGGAGUGCUCAACGACGUCGGGUCCUUCUUCGACACGCUGCGAGACAACCUAGAGACUCUCGCAGCGCUGUCCCCGGAGCAGCGAGCGAGUCUCUUCAGCGACCCGCCGGCUGUCGUGCAUGCACCCGCCAGCGGCGGCGGCGGCGGCGGUGGGCUCGGCUACCGCAAGCUGCACGCGCUGCGCCCGCUCCGGCCCACCGGGAAUAUUCGAUCUUACAACCGCAGAUCAUUCGUGGAGACGGACGGGUACCCGGGAGCCAACCACCACGACCCGGGGCUGCUCUGGACCGGGCUGGGCCGGUAGAUGGCCCCAGGGCGCCGGCCUGCUAGGCGCUUGGCCGCCGGGCGCCGGCCUACUAGGCGCCGGGUCGACGGCCCGCGGGCCGCGCUGCGGGCCCCCCGCGCCGCCGCUGUCUCGCUACAGGACGGCUCCUCCGAACUACCACAUGACCUGGCUUGAACUUCUCUGUGUUUAUUAAACAUUUUUUACAUAUUAUUUAGCUAUUAUUGGUUACUGGGAAUUGAAUAUAAAGAUUAUAAUGGGUUCUCUGAGUUUUUGUAUUUUACACCACUUUUAGUUUUUUCAUUCUGUGUUGAGUAAUGAGUAUACCUAAAUAAAAUAAGUAAUUAUCUAUGAAUAUACUUAACAUUUAUAAUUAAAAUCUUUUGUCUUUCCCUAUUCUUUUAUAAUGUUUAAUUAUAAAAUAUUUAACACUAAUCAUAGGAUAAUUUCAUAAUUUUGUAGUUUAUUGAAUAAGAUAAGGUGGCGCCAUACCCGAGUCUGCGUUGUUCUGUGGGUGGCGCAGAAGCCAAUUAACCAUAUCUAUUUAAACUUAAUAAUUGUAAC